CAUUACUGGACUCAGAAGGAAAGAGGGUUAUAGAUACUGACUCUAUGAGUACUAUAGCUGUCAACUUUUAUAAAAACUUUUUGGGCAAGAAAGAUGGGUUGGUCUUAGCUCAGUCUAUUGAUUUUUAUAAGGGGUUACUAAAGAAGAAACUGAGUAGCUCCAUUAGGAGGCUUUGUGCAGGCCAGUCACUGCAGAAGAGACUAAAAAGGUCAUGUUUGGUUUUAAGGGAGAUAAAUGUCCUGGACUUGAUGGGUAUUCUGCUUGCUUCUUUAAAGCUACUUGGGACAUUAUAGGAGGGGAAAUUAUAUCGGCUAUUCAGUAUUGUUUUGCUCAUUCCUCUUUCCCUUCUGAGGUAAAUUCUACUCUUAUUGCUCUAGUUCCUAAGAUAAAGAGUCCCGAGGAAAUGAAAUACUUUCGAACUAUCUCCUAUUGCAAUAUCUUGUAUAAGUGUAUUGCCAAAAUCCUCUCUUCUCGACUUAGUGAGUGUCCACCUAGUGUAAUUAGUGAGAAUCAAACUGCUUUUGUUAAGAUAGAGUGAUUGGGGAAAACAUAUUGCUUGCUCAUGAGAUUAUUCAAAAGUAUACCUGGAAAAACAUUUCUCCCUGAAGUAUAAUCAAAGUGGAUCUUAUGAAGACUUUUGACUCAGUGGACUGGAGUUUCUUGAUGACUGUGCUUGAAGCUAUGUGACUACUCCGAAAUUGAGCAUAGGAUUUAAUGGUGGGGUGGUAGGUUAUUUUUCUGCUCAGAAAGGUCUUCGUCAAGGAGACCCUUUAUCUCCCUAUCUUUCACAGUGGCUAUGGAAGUGUUCAGUUGUCUUAUGAGUGCUGCAGUGACGGGGAAUAAAAUGCUUUUUCACCCAAUGUGCAAGAGAAUUGAAUUGACCCAUAUCAUGUUUGCUGAUGAUUUGUUGUUGUUCUCUGACGGGUCAAACUAUGGAAUUAAAUGUAUUCAAACGGUGCUUGAGAGAUUCAGAGCGCUAUCUGGCCUAAUUUCUAACCUUGUUAAAUGUGAAUUAUAUUGUGGUGGUCUGUCCCCUGAAUGGAAGAAUAGCAUGGCAGAAAGGGCAGGCUAUAGACUAGGAGCUCUUCUUGUGAGAUACUUGGGUAUCCCUCUGAUCCCAGGUAAGCUUUCUAUUAAAGCUUGUCGUCCUUUAAUAGAAAAAAUUAUGAGUAAAAUUCAAAGCUGGGGAGCGAAGCUGCUAAGCUAUGCUGGGAAACUGCAACUAGUUAGCUAUGUACUGCUCAGUCUGGUACAGUUCUGGAUGGUUGUCUUUAUAUUGCCUAAGCAAAUUGUUAAAGAAAUAGAGAAACUUUGCAGUGAUUUUUUAUGGGGUAUUCAUGUUGAGAGUAGAAGUAAAGCAUCCAUAGCAUGAAGUGGGAUUAGUUUGCCAAAACAGGAAGGAGGGCUGGGAAUAAGAGACAUUCUCAGCUGGAAUCAAGCGUGUGUAGUAAGGCAUAUAUGGGAUCUUCUGAUUAAGGAUGGUUCCCUAUGGGUAGCUUGGAUGAGAGCAUACAGACUGCACCAUAAUGACUUCUGGCUAGUGGAGAGUAACUCAGGGUCAUGGCUCUGGAAAAAGAUCCUCAAACUAAGAAGUAAGGUUCAUAGGAUCCUUGAAGUUAGGGGUAAUGAAGGCUAAUGGCAGGGGGCAAUUUUUGAAGAAGUUUUCCAUAAAAAUGGCAUGGGAAUUAUUCAGGCCUAGUGCUGCAGCAUUAUAUUGGUUUAAGCUGAUAUGGAAGGAACCAGUAAUUAGAAGUCAUCAAUUCCUCUGCUGGCAAAUUGUGAAAGGGAUUAUCACUACUGGCGAUAACGUCGUAUUUGCACAUGUUUGCACCCUUGUUUCUUAACCAUUUUGGCUCAUACUUGUGGUGUCCUGGCCUAAUUUACGCUAGGUUGUGUUCCUUUGUCACAUUUCAGGUCCUAGUAUGUAAAUUGAAGCAAAGGCUCAAGUUUCAAGUCAAUCGGAAUCCAUUUGGCAAUUCGGGAGAAGAAACAAGGGCAUGACCUGAGGACUAAUGGACUUUUACCUCAUAUUAUGGAAAAAUAAACAUGGAAGUUUUUCAUGAAAAGAAAUAGGACGAGACGACGAGCAUCUGGGAUCAAACGGCGACUGAUUCGGAGCCCGGACGAGGGAGAAACGAAGCAUUAAACAGGAGCAAAGGAAGAAAUACGGACAUCCCCUGCCCAAUUAUGGGCGUAAUUGCCUCUGCCCUGCCCGUAAAUGCAAUGCCGAGCUAAAACCCUGAGAAUGCCUUCGAAGAUCAAAUUACGGGCACGAGCAAAAUGAACUGCGGUCGUAAUUCCACAAAUACUGGCAGUAAUUGGGUAAUUACGACCGUAAUUCCCCUCAUCAGAGUUAAGUGAAACACGCAUUUUGGGCGAAAUACGGGCAGACCUUGUUUACGACCGUAAUUCAGCCCGUAUUUCGCCUAGAAUCGGGUUUUUGAGGCAGAUUCGAGACAAAGGAGAGGGAGUCAACUUUUUUGGAGCAAAAACAGAGUUUUAGAGAGAGAAAGUGCGAAGAACAAACCCUAUGAGCUAUUUGGAGUGAAUUUCUCACCAUUGAAGCCCAGAUUGCAUCCCUAGGAGUGAAGAUCAUCAUCCCGGAGCAGAUUAUCCUCAUCUUUAUGAGUAUGACUACUCUGAUUUCUGUUUUCUUCUCUCUCUCUUUAUGAAGUAGAACUUUCUCUCACUUGGGUAUGAAGAACCCUAGUUCCAUUUGUUAGGGAUCUUGAUUGUAAUGACUUGGGAUUGUUAUACUGAUUGAUUUUAAUCGAUUGAUGCAUGAUUCAUUGAGUCAAUCAAAGCCUGAUCAUCUUUUCUUGAUUUCUGCUGCAACCUGAGAUAGAUAGAAUCUGAUUAGGUUGUUAGAGCUUCAUCAAUCGGUAGUGGUAGAUUGGUUAUACGAGAGUUAAUCGAUUUACUGCUUUGCAUUGCAAUUCAAUAAAAUUAGUGGAGUUCUGCGUUCAUAGCCUCAGCUUUCUAUCCCGGUGAAGAUUAGUCGUCUGCCAGGUAGUCGGACUGAGAGGGCUUGGUCAGCUUAAGAGAUUCCAAGCUACUGUCGGAUCUUCCGCAGUUUAAUCAACAGUUAAUCAACCCAGGGUAAUUACAACUGUGGCCUAACUAAGGAGCUAGGGGGACUCAUUCCCGAGUGACUCGUCCCUUGCUUUAGAAAACCGAAUCAUUUCCUGCUUUCUUACUGCUUUUGCUUAAAAUCACAAUCACUCGACUUAGUUUGCUAGAUAAUAGAUAAUCACGGAGUAGGAAGUAGGUCUAGACCCCGGGUUGAGAAAUAGAACUUGCCACUAUUCUGCAUUUCUAGACUGCGAUUACACUUGGUCACAGUUUGGUGUCGUGUUUUAGCGUGCCAAGUUUUUGGCGCCGUUGCCGGGGACUUCUAGGUUAUUGUAGAAACGUGAAAGCUUGUUAAUCUAGCUUUUUCUUUACUGCAUUCUUUCUCUUCCCCUUUUGUGCCUUCACAGGUUGUGUUUGUAUUCUGUGUGCAGGUAGUGCAUGACCCGUAACCAUUCGGGAGAUUUACUACCAUUAGAUCAAGAGCUUGAACGGACUUGUAGGAACUUCAAGCGGGCGUUAAAGGCAUGACUAGCUGCGGAGGAAGCUUUAGAACAGAUGCAAAUCGCCGAGGAAGAAGAGAUGGGUGACCCACAGGACCAUGAUGUGGUCCUUCCCAAGUAGCAGACCAUGAGGUAUUACUGGACCGCCAGAGCCGCGGACAUGAGGUCGCCCAUUCAGCACCCUCAUGUUACAGCGAAAAACUUUGAGGUGAGCACCUCUCUCAUCACCAUGUUGCGCGGUUCGGUGGUAUUCUGUGGCAAGGAGGGGGAGUGCCCCCGAUCACACCUGAGGCGAUUCCACGAGCUCAUCGAUGGGAUCAAGAUCAAUGGGGUCCCAGCCGAUGCAAUCCAGCUGAGGUACUUCCUAUUUACUCUGGAGGGGCAAGCCAAGGAGUGGCUAGACACUCGACCCCCAGGCUUGAUCACCACGUUCGCCAACCUGGCGGACAAGUUCCUCACCCGCUACCAUCCUACGUCCAAGACGGCGGACCUGCAGAAGCAAAUUACCCACUUUGCUCAAGACAAAGAUGAGACCAUUCGGGAUGCUUGGGAGAGAUACACCAGUCUCUUCCUCAAGUGUCCCAACCAUGGUUUUACUGACGCCUUCAAGGUGAGCACUUUCUACCAUGCCAUCUUCCCGGAAGACAAGCAGCUGAUUGACUCGGUCUGCGGCGGGAAUAUGCUCACUAAGACACUACCACAACUGAAUCAACUUUUUGAAGAGAUGGCAGAGCAUAGCUAUGAUUGGGGAACUACGAGGAGAUCGAGACGAGCACCAGGGCGGGGUGUGCAUGCUGUAGACACCCACUCUUUUGAUUUGGUGCAAGUUGUGUCUAAACUUGUCUCAGCCAUCGAUCUGAAUGGGAUGGUUCCGGGGACAGGGCAGCAGCAGGCGAUGCAUUGUCAGUGGUGCGAGAGCACCCACCAUACUUUGGAAGACUGCCAGGCCAUGCUUGAGUCCAGUACACCCCAGGAGCAGGUGAACUUCGUCAACAAUGUCAGGCGCAACGAUCCUUACAGUAAUACCUACAACAAGGGAUGGCGCCAGCAUCCAAAUUUCUCCUAGACUGGCAACAAAAAUCCAAAGCCACC